AUGUACAGGAAUGUUGAAGUCCAAUUAAGGCAAAUAGUAAAUGCAGUUAACAAUCGCAACCAAGAGAAUUUACUUAGCAAGACUGAGGUGAAUCCAAGGGAGCAUGUGAAGGCUAUAACCCUCCGUAGUGGUAAGGAAGUAGGUGAGCCGCCUGUAAUUGAAAGUGAGAGAGAAUAUGAAAGAAGAGAAAAUAAACAGUUGAGUGAGUUAGGAGAGAAUAGUAAAAAAAUUAACGGGAAAGAAAAGGUGAAAGAGUGUGAGCCACAAAUUGAAGCGACAACACCAAUUCCUCCACCGAUUCCUUCGUAUGCAAAGUUUCUCAAGGAGAUAAUGACUAAGAAAAGGAGAUUGGAAGAUAGUGAGACUAUUGCAUUAACGGAGGAAUGUAGUGCCAUCAUACAAAACAAAUUGCCACCAAAGUUGAAAGAUUUAGGGAGUUUCACAGUUCCUUGCACUAUUGGUAAUGUAGAAUUCUCUAAAACACUAUGUGACCUUGGUGCGAGUGUUUCAUUGAUCCCUUUAAUUGUGGCUAGGCAAUUGGGGUUGAAAGAGUUAAAACGUACUAACAUUUUCUUGCAAUUGACUGACAGGUCUAUUAGACAUCCAAUGGACAUAUUGGAGAAUGUGCUUAUUAAAGUGCAGAAAUUCAUUAUUCCUGUUGAUUUUAUUGUUUUAAAUAUGGAGAAAAAUGUUAACGUACUUAUUAUUCUUGGUAGACCAUUUUUGGCCAUUGCAGGUACUAUAAUAGAUGUUAAACGUGGUAAGUUCAAGUUCCAAAUUGGCGAAGAGGAAGUGGAGUUUGAUUUGAGUAAAGUGGAGAAGUAUCUCUCUUUUACCGACCAUGUUUAUUCUGCUGACAUAUGUGAUGAACUGACAUUAGAGAUGAAUCAAGUUAAUCUUGAUGAUGAUUCUCUUGAACUUUGUCUUAAUGGUAUAGGUUUACAAGAUGAACAAGUUGAAGAAAUAACUGAAUUUUUGCAGACACAGAUUUCUUCCAAAAGGAGCAAUGCGUAUGAGGAGUUAGGACUGAGUAAAGGGCUACCUCCACCAUCGUGCGAGCAAACUCCACAGUUUGAGUUUAAGCCACUUCCGAAAUACCUCAAAUAUGCAUUUUUUGGAGAAAAGGAGACAUUGCCGGUGAUUUUCAAUGCUGUACUAGAUGAGGAGCAACUAGGAAAGCUCUUACGUGAUUUGAGGAAGUAUUUAAAGACUAUAGGAUGGACAAUUUCUGAUAUUUAA